GUCGAUAGUUCUGCAUCUCUAACAAACGCGGGAGAUUGUUUUUAGUUUACUUUAUUUACAUUCAUUGUUUGGAAAUUUGUAUAAUCUCUUUAGCGAAACGCGUCAACUCAAAACCACUUUAACUGCAGUCCUACGAACCAAUUAGUUAUUUGAAAAUGAGUAAAAAGACAACGCGAUCAGCAAAACCAAAGCCAGAUCCAGACGCAAAUAUAGAUACGGCUGCGCAAAAAUCGACCGUGGCUGGAUUAAAGAAAGUGCUCUACAUAUCCGAAAAGAUACUACCGGAUGAUAAUCAGCGGCUUCGCGUGGAUCGCUUUUACCAUCCUGGCAAGGGAAAAGAUGCAUUGUUUCUAACAAACCCAGAUGGCCAAAUUAUGGAGCUGCUGGAAUAUGCGGAGCCGCGACGCGGCUGGCUAAUCAACAGCGAGAUAUGCGCCAAUGGCAGAGUCUAUAUGACCAUGCCCAUGGAUACAACACUGCUGGCGAUACACCACUUGAGGAAACACUGUGCGCAGAGAGCAAUGUCGCUGGAUAAUAUUGCUGUACACGAAGCCAGCACGAGUCGCUUCCUAACGCAGUUCGUUGACUCCAACGGUCUUAAGUGUGUGGCCGAUGUUAAGAUGUCUGGAGACUUGACCUUCUACAAAUACAAUCAGGAGCGGACGCUCGCCUGGCUGGCCCUCAAGACACGACAUGUGGCAGAGAUUCUGAAACAAAAGCAGAUCCACUGCGGCCACAGUGCUCAAUCAAAGAACUUUGUUCGAAGCGAAAAGCUGUCAGACAAUGUUGUCAACGAGAUGGACUAUGGACGUAUGGCCUGUGACAUUGUUGGCCGCUACCUGGAUUCCAACCUGCACGAUCAACUGAUCGGCUAUCUACAUAUACCCAGCGAGAUUCAGGCUAUAGUUGAGGAGAAAACCGCAGCUCAGAAGCGAAAGUCACAGGUGGGACAAGAGGGCAGCAACAGCAAAAAAAUUAAACUGAAUAGCCAUGACAGCGAUGCCGCAUCCAAGCUGAAGCUCAGUGGUUUGCUGGACAGCGACAAUGGUAAGGAUUGUAUAACGUCCCCACCCACUCUGGAACCGCUUAAGGAGCGUAGCAUGACGGCCAAAGAGAAGGCUCUGGCGAAAGGAGCCAAAGGUACCAAGAGCAUUGCAUCCUUCUUCAAAGUUAAUUAGACGUUUCUCUUUAGACUUUAGAUUAAAUGUAUCUUUUUUAUAUUUAAAUUUUUUAAAUAUGCUUCAUAAACUUGAUUAUACUUGGA